AUGGUCAAGCUCAUCAUCAGCACCCUCAUUGGGGCGCUGGGUGGCUUCCAGCUACGAGGAGCUGUCAGUCGCUGGGCGAAGCAGUCAUUCAAACGAUUUCCUGGGUCUGGAGGGAGCGCGCACGGAACUCGAACGCGAAGCGGGCUCUGGGUAGCUGCAGCAGCCACGGGAGGCGCGACUGCCACAGCUCUAGCUCUGUCAGAACGGCCAAAUCCUUUCGACUACCUCUCGUCUAACAUCGGAGGUGCACACACCUCCUCGACGUGCUCCCUGAAAUCGAUGCGGUCCGCUGUGUACGACCUUUCACGGAGCAACCUCGAGGCAGCCAAGGACGACUUUGUCAAAAUCCUAGGCGCCGACAGUGUUGAUCUCGAUCUAGGAGCACGAAUCGCGCAUUCUAGCACAGAAUGGUCUGCUGCCCCACGAGGCGAGCUUGAUCGCUACGCCAUGAUUGUCACUCCACGCACGACCGAGGAAGUCAGUGCGGUAGCGAAGAUCUGUCAUCGGCGAAGCAUUCCAAUGACUGCUUUCUCCGGCGGUACAAGUUUGGAAGGCACCUUGGCUGCUAUUCAUGGUGGUGUUUGCAUUGACUUCAAACUAAUGAACAGUAUCGUUGCGGUACGAAAGGACGAUCUUGAUGCAACGGUGCAGCCAGGCGUGAGCUACGGCGAACUGAACCAGGUUAUCGCCGAGCAGGGCCUGUAUUUCCCACCGGAUCCCGGUCCAGGUGCACAAAUUGGUGGAAUGAUUGCUCAGGGGUGUAGUGGCACGAAUGCAUUCAGAUACGGCACUAUGAAAGACUGGGUACUUGGUUUGACGGUUGUGCUCGCUGACGGCACGGUUGUCAAGACAAGGGCUAGACCAAGAAAGUCAAGUUCCGGUUACGAUCUUACGCGUAUCAUCGUCGGCUCAGAGGGCACACUUGGUUUUGUGACCGAGGCCAACUUGAAGCUUACCAGCAAGCCAGAGAAUGAGCGUGUUGCAGUCGCAGCAUUUCCGACCACGCAGCAGGCCGUUGAGACAGCAGUUAAAGUCGUCCAAAGCGACAUGCCCGUGGCUGCCAUGGAGUUACUUUGUGAUGUGGCCAUGAAGGCCGUCAACAUGGGCGGCUACUGCGACAAGGAGUAUGCUGAAGUUCCCACGCUCUUCUUCAAGUUCUCCGGCAAGGACGAGGCGGCCGUGCAGCGACAAAUCGAAAUUGUACAGCAAUUUGCGAAGAACUCCAAGUGCAAGAACUUCGAGUUUUCCACAUCAGAUGCCGAGAAGGAGUCUAUCUGGGCAGCCAGGAAAUCCGUGCUGUGGAGUAUGAUGUCGUUAAAGAAGGAUCCGAGCGAUAGCUUUCUCAGUGCAGACACUGCCGUGCCGAUAUCGAAGAUGGGAGAGGCGGUAGAUGCGGCUAAAAGGAAAAUAGCUGAAAGUGGGCUGAUUGGGAACUGCUUGGGCCACGUGGGCGACGGCAACUUCCAUACAUCGGUCUUCUAUUCAGCAGAUGAGAAGCAGAAGGCGAGAGAGGUCAUUACUUGGAUCCAGCGCCUGGCAAUCGAGAUGGGCGGGACCAUUACUGGAGAGCACGGAGUUGGGUUGGAGUACAGAGACAUGGUUGUUGAAGAGCUAGGAGACGGAGGUGUCGACAUGAUGCGGCAGAUCAAACUCGCACUCGACCCGCUGUGUUUGCUCAAUCCGGACAAAUUACUGAGACUCAAUACCAAGGCCAAUCCCGAGGUCUGA